GCCAGUAAAUCUGUUCGCUAAACGAAAUCUUAUUUUUGAGGUGGACACCAUUCAGCACUAAAGCAUGGAUCCACGAGCCAAUUUAGGCAUAACGGACUAUUUGAUUAUUGGAUUUUCACUUGUGAUAUCCAUAGCUAUAGGAAUCAAAUUCCAAAUUUCGGAUAGAGGAAAAAGCACCCAGCAAGAAUACCUGUUAGCUGGCAAAAGCAUGUCCAUUUUUCCUGUCGUAAUGUCCAUAACAGUGACAAUACUUUCAGCAAUAAUCAUAAUUGGCCACACUGGUGAGACUUUCAGAUAUGGUAUACAAAUUAUAGUUGUUUGUUUUGGAUUUCCAAUAGGGACAGUUUUAGCUUCGUACAUAUUUCUUCCUGUAUAUUUCAAUUGCAAAGUUUCAACCACUUAUGAGUAUCUUGAUCAUCGCUUUGGAAAAACUACAAGAGUUGCAAUUUCUGCCUUGUUCUUAUUGCAAAUGAUGCUUUACAUGUCUGUCGUGUUGUAUGCUCCAGUUAUUGCUCUGAGCGCUGUCACGAAUCUAUCAAUAGAAGUUUCAAUUUUUGUAUUUGGAGCUGUUUGCACAUUUUACUGUGCAGUUGGCGGUUUGAGAGCAGUUAUAUGGACAGAUGUUUUUCAAGCUAGUCUCAUGUUUCUUUGUCUCAUUGUGAUGUACAUAAAAGGGGUUGAAGAAGCUGGUGGCGUGGCUCAUAUAUAUGAAACAUCUGCUAAAGGCGGGAGACUGGAAAUAUUUGACUUUAAAGAAGAUUUCAUCAAGAGGUACACCUUCUUAAACGCGUUUUGUAAGGGUUUCUUUGGGUCUCUCGCAUAUUACGGUACAAGUCAGCUCGAAGUACAAAGGAUGUUGAGUAUGAAAUCUGUGUAUAAGGCACGAGCGGCUCUUAACUGGAGCAUUAUACCAGUUGCAACGCUUGUUAUCAUGUGCUGUUUUUUUGGCCUGGUUUUAUACACUGUUUUUAACACUUGCGAUCCUGUAGCUGAUUCAGCUCGCACAGGUGUCACAAGACAUGAUCAGCUGGCUCCCUAUUACAUAAUCACUCGGUUCAAUCACCUUCCAGGCGUCACAGGAAUCUGUAUUGCAGGCAUAUUCAGCGGCUCACUCAGCACCAUAUCUUCAGCUCUAAACUCUCUGUCAUCGGUGACUGUAAUAGAUUUCAUCAAACCGGCCUGUAAAUCAUCAAAACUCACAGAAAAGAAAGUGGUGUUUAUUGCCAAAAUGUUAUCUGUCUUAUAUGGUGCUAUCUGCAUUGGUUUGACGUUUGCAGUAUCCAAAGUCGACAGCAUAGUCUCGAUAUCCAACACAUUUCUCAGCAUUAUGGAAGGCCCUAUCCUUGCUGUUUAUUUUGUGGCAGUGCUCUCAAGAAAAGGAUCCGAAAAAAAUAUUUUAAUAGGGUUGAUACUUGGGGUUACUUUUACGGCUUGGCUAGGAGCUGGUGUGUUAUCUGUCGGUUAUCAAUCUCCCACUUUACCUCUAGAUUCAAGUGGUUGUCUUUCUCUUCAAAAUUCAUCCACUAUUUAUAAUAAUUUCACAUCUUUGUGCGCAAGAUCUGAUCAGUGUUUAUCAACAAUGCCAUCCAUAGAUCCGGAACCAAGUGAGCCUUUCUUCAUGUACAAGAUAUCGUUUAUGUGGGUCUCGACAUUAGGCUGUUUCGUAACUUUGUUUUUCAUUGCCUUGGCUAUUUUACUAACCGGAUGCCGUGAUGUUAUUCCCGCUGAUUCAAAAUAUCUUAGUCCGGUGGCUAGAUUUUGGAUCAAAGGAACAAGUUUUGAAACAAAGCAAGAAGACUUGUCGAAUAAUUUGAAAGAAAGAAACGAUUUAGACAUUCGACAUGAAGUUAAAAGUUCUCAUAGACAAAAUACUUCAGUUUAAUAACUGUGAUUAGAGACAAAAUAUUUUAGGAUAAAAAGUACAAUAUAUAAAAUAACUUUCUCUGUUGGUAGGCAUAGCAACUGAAAAUAAAGAAUGGAAUGGAACUAGAUUUUAUAAGAAGGCUAUGGAAAAGAAAUUGAAGUUCGCGAAAAAAAAAGUUCUAAAAGUCUCCAAUGCAAUAUCUUUUACACAGAAAUGUCAACAUAUUGGAAAUGUUGCACAUGGGUCGUUAAACCAUUAAUACAUUAUUAUUUUCUACGACAUGCUCGGGUAUUUGAGCAAUAAAUGUGCAAACUAACAAAAAAAAACCCAUAAAGAUAGGUAUUCUUUUCUCUUUUCCUGGGCCUUUUUCCUAUUUGAAAUCUCAAACUAGGAUAAAUGCUUUAAAUAUAUGGCAAAAGAAUAGGGACUAUGAAAAUGUCAGUUGAACCACUCAUAAAAUAGUACCCAAAGUCUCAAACAAGCCAAAAGGUUGCAGUAAAUGUCCAUUUCAAGAUACUAUCCCUUUCCUUGGUACCUCUUGCAGCUGCUCCUGUGGGGGAGAAAUGUGAUAAAUGCACAAUGCAACAAAAUGUCCACUAACAUUCUCCUGGCAUUCCUAAAAUCCUACAGCAGAAAACAAAUUAAAUGGCUUAAACUAUCAUAAGAUAUAAUUUAUCAAGAACCAGAAUUUGACUUCUAAAGUGUUUUAUGUGUAAAGAAAGCAAUUAUUUUUUCGAACACCAAUAAACACGAUGAU